AUGCCGUCCGCGUCUCUGGCAGGGCCCUCGACCACGGUGGCCCCCAAUGCCACAGCCCGCCCCACACCAAGGACCAACAGCAGUGUGCCAGAUAUACCCCUGUUCCACCUGUUUGCCCGGCUGGACGAGGAGCUGCACGUGGGCUUCCCAGGCCUGUGGCUGGCGCUGAUGGCGGUGCACGGUGCCAUCUUCCUGGUGGGGCUGGUGCUCAACGGGCUAGCACUGUAUGUUUUCUGCUGCCGCACCCAGGCCAAGACGCCGUCAGUCAUGUACACCAUCAACCUGGUGGUGACCGACCUGCUGGUGGGCCUGUCACUGCCCACACGCUUUGCCGUCUUCUAUGGCACCCGCGGCUGCCUGCGCUGCGCCUUCCCGCACGUCUUCGGCUACUUCCUCAACAUGCACUGUUCCAUCCUCUUCCUCACCUGCAUCUGCGUGGACCGCUACCUGGCCAUCGUGCGGCCUGAUGGCUCCCGCCGCUGGCGCCAGCCCGCCUGUGCCAGGGUCGUGUGCGCCUUGGUGUGGCUGGCGGCUGGCGCUGUGACGCUGUCGGUGCUCAGCGUAGAGGCUGGAGGGGCACCCUGCUGCCGUGUCUUAGCACUGACCGUGCUGGAGUUCCUCCUGCCGCUGCUGGUCAUCAGCGUGUUCACAGGCCGCAUGGUGUGCGCACUGUCGAGACCAGGCCUGCUGCGCCAGGGACGUCAGCGCCGGGUGCGCGCCGUACAGCUCCUGCUCACCGUGCUAGCCAUCUUCCUCGUCUGCUUCACACCCUUCCACGCCCGCCAGGUGGUCGUGGCGCUGUGGCCCGACCUGCCGCACCACACCAGCCUGGUGGCCUACCAUGUGGCCGUGACCCUCAGUAGCCUUAACAGCUGCAUGGACCCUAUUGUCUACUGCUUCGUCACCAGCGGCUUCCAGGCCACCGUCCGCAGCCUCUUCCACCGGCGUGGAGUGGAGUACGAGCCCGGCAUCGGCGACACAGUCAUCAUGCACAAAAGCGCCAAGGGCCUGCCCACCCUCACACAAGCCCUGGCUAACGGGCCUGAGGCUUAG